AAUAAAUAAUUUGUUUUAUAGUCCUUGUUCAUUGUGAUAUCAAUUUUGAAAUGUAUGCGUAUCGAUAACGGGAUAUGAAUUACAGACAAGCAGAAAGCAAAGCCAACUAAACACGACGCAUACUUCAUCUUCCAUUUUGCUUGCUUUAUAUAUCAUCGUCUUCACUCCUUAUACACCAGAAAUACAGUAAAGCUAAAAUGUUAGGGUUCUUAGUAAGAAGUGCAAAAUCCAGCUCAGUAUCAUCUCCAUAUCGAUGGCGUUCAUCAAUCAGCUCCACCCAGAUGAUGUAUUCAAGCAAUCGCGAUUACGGCACCCAGCUGCAAGGACACAAUGUCCUUCCCGAUGGUAUCGACCGGACUUCCGAUUCAUUUAUUCGAAACUCGAAGGAAAUGGAAUCUGUCAUUUCUCAACUUCACUCUCGUAUCAAUCAGGUUACCCAAGGUGGAGGAGCAGCAGCUAUAAAGAGGCAUAAAAGUAGGAACAAGCUGCUUCCAAGGGAGAGAAUCGAUCGGUUACUGGAUUCUUCUUCUUCGUUUCUUGAGCUUUCCCAGCUUGCAGGCCACGAAUUAUAUGAAGAAUGUCUUCCAUCUGGAGGCAUCAUAACUGGAAUAGGACCAAUACAUGGAAAACUCUGUAUGUUCAUUGCAAAUGAUGCAACAGUCAAAGGAGGCACGUACUACCCCAUUACAGUCAAGAAACAUCUCAGAGCUCAAGAGAUUGCUGCUAAAUGCAGAUUACCAUGUAUAUAUCUUGUUGACAGUGGUGGUGCUUUUCUUCCAAAACAAGCUGAUGUUUUCCCUGAUAAAGAUAAUUUCGGUAGAGUAUUUUACAACCAAGCCCUCAUGUCUUCAGAAGGUAUUCCCCAAAUUGCCCUUGUAUUAGGCUCUUGCACAGCAGGUGGGGCCUACAUACCUGCCAUGGCUGAUGAAAGUGUCAUGGUUAAAGGAAAUGGCACCAUUUUCUUAGCUGGCCCACCAUUAGUAAAGGCUGCUACUGGUGAAGAAGUAUCUUCUGAAGAUCUUGGAGGUGCAGAUGUGCAUUGCAAGGUAUCAGGUGUUUCAGAUUAUCUUGCUCAAGAUGAACUUCAUGCACUAUGUAUAGGAAGAAACAUUGUUAAGAACUUACACAUGGCUGGGAAUGAAGGGGUAAAUAGUAAUUUACAAGGCAUGAUUUCUGAUUACAAAGAGCCAUUGUAUGAUGUGAAAGAGCUUCAAUCAAUUGCCCCUACAGACCUAAAACAGUCAUUUGACAUUCGAUCACUUAUUGCUCGCAUAGUUGAUGGAAGUGAAUUUGACGAAUUCAAGCAAUUGUAUGGCACUACACUUGUAACAGGAUUUGGUAGAAUUCUUGGACAACCGGUGGGUAUAAUUGGAAAUAAUGGGGUUUUAUUUUGUGAAUCUGCUCUUAAAGGAGCCCAUUUUAUCGAGUUAUGUUCUCAACGGAAUAUUCCAUUGGUGUUCCUUCAAAAUAUUACAGGGUUCAUGGUUGGAUCAAAAUCAGAGGCAAAUGGUAUAGCAAAGGCAGGAGCAAAAAUGGUGAUGGCUGUUUCUUGUGCAAAGGUACCCAAGAUUACUAUUGUUGUUGGUGGAAGCUUUGGGGCUGGAAACUAUGCAAUGUGUGGGCGGGCAUAUAGUCCGGAUUUUAUGUUCUUCUGGCCGAAUGCAAGAAUAGGUGUGAUGGGUGGUGCUCAGGCGGCUGGGGUGAUGUCUGAGAUAGAAAAAAGCAAGAAGAAAAAGGAGGGAAUCCAGUGGUCAAAGGAGGAUGAAGAGAAGAGUAAGGCGAAAUUUGUUGAGGCGUACGAUAAGGAAAGCAGUGCGUAUUAUUCGACAGCAAGAUUAUGGGAUGAUGGGGUUAUUGAUCCUGCUGACACUCGCAAAAUUUUAGGGCUUUGUAUCUCUGCUUCUAAUAAUCGUACACCGGAACCCACUACAUUUGGUGUAUUUAGAAUGUAAACUUAUAUUUAGAAAAAAAAAAUGUUUAUAAUGGAUUUAAAUACCAUGGAAUUUGAAGAAUAAUUUGGUAGAGUAAAUUACAGUUUUAG